AUGUCGUCUCCAUAUAGCAAGAUCAAGGCACCGAGCGUGCAAACCAUCGACCCGCAUAUGCUGUUCGAUUCACGACCGAUCUUCUCGCACAGCACGACGACCAGUGGGCCAUGCCGCAUUGUAGCCACGGCAGGACAAGUGGGCUGCGACCAGAACGGCGUAUUCCCGACGGACAUUGAAGAUCAACUGAGCCUGGCAAUGAAGAAUCUCGGUCGCGCUCUCGAAGCUGCCGGCGCGACCGUCACGGAUGUCUUCAAGCUCGUCUACUACAUCGUGGACUACGAUCCGAAUAACAGGCGGCAUACGAAGCAUGUCCAGGCUUUUCUGAAUGGGCAUCGGCCCGCCACGACGCUCGUGCCGGUCCCGGCGCUUGCGAACCCGGAGAUGAAGUUUGAGAUCGAGGCGUAUGCGGCGGUGAGGCAGGAGGCGUUGAGGGAGGUGGAUGUGGUGGUUGUGGGAGCCGGGUUGAGUGGGCUCAAGGCUGCGUAUGAGGUGCAGAGGGCUGGGUUCUCGUGCGUGGUGGUUGAGGCGAGAGAUCGCGUCGGUGGGAAGACUUGGUCGGUUGAUCCACUUGGGCAGGGCAAGUGGAUUGAUGUUGGUGCCGCGUGGAUUAAUGAUACGAAUCAGAGCAAGAUUUAUGAGUUGGCGAAGUCGUUGGACCUGGAGAUGGUUGUGCAGAGAACCACUGGGAAGGUGAUCCAGGAGGAUCUCACGGGAGACUUGGGCUUGUUUGAUUAUGGUGGCACUCCUGCGCAAGCGGCGGAGAAGAACGGUAUUGAAAGCCUGGUUUUCAUACGUGAGCUGGCGGAGAAGGUCUGCCAGACAGUGGAUAUCCACAAUCCUGUACAGUCAGGGGCCGAUCUGGAUAAGCUGACAUUGGAAGAAUGGGUCAAAUCUAACACAGAGUCUAAGACUGCUAUGGCAACGGCCAAGCUGUGGACUCGAGCAUUGCUGGGAUUGGAGCCGUCAGAAGUGAGCGCUCUGUUCUUCAUGAAUUAUUGCAAGAGUGCGGGUGGUCUGCUGCAAAUGCGAUCGGAUUUCAAGAAUGGUGGACAGUAUCUCAGGUUCACCCGAGGAACACAAUCAAUGUCCCUCGGUUUGGCGGACCUUUUGCAUUCUGACUCGGUCAUUUUGAGCUCACCUGUUCGACGUAUCAUUCAGACUUUAGAUGGCAUCCUUGUUUCGGCAGGCCGAGGCGAGUUGAAGUGCAAGCGGGUGAUAGUUUCGGUCCCAACAGUGUUGUAUAAGGAGAUAACCUUUGAACCACCACUACCCCAAGCAAAAGCUGAACUGGGCAAGAAUAAUGUCCACGGAUACACCUUGAAAGUCAUGGUAUCAUUCUCUGAACCCUGGUGGCGUAAAGCAGGCCUUGCUGGAGCAGUCAUGUCGUUUGUGGGGCCAAUCACCACGACACGAGACUCGAGCAAUGAUGAGAAGGGCCAAUUCUCGCUGACCUGUUUCACAAAUGGAGACGCUGGCCGGAAACUCUCACCAUUGCCACAAAAAGAACGAUUUAGUGCGGUUGUCGCGCAUAUCAAGAGGAUGUACGGGCCUUACGUCGAUGUGCCAGAGCCAAUAGCGGUCACAGAGCACGAGUGGUUUAAGGAUCAAUGGGCACAAGGCUGUCCCUGUCCUGCAUCGCCACCAGGUGUCAUGACUCAGUUUGAUCAUGCCCUCAGGACGACUCAUGGAAAGGUGCACUUCAUUGGUACUGAGACAGCAUAUGAAUGGAAAGGGUACAUGGAUGGGGCAGUACGUUCCGGAGAGAGAGGUGCGAGAGAGGUCAUCGAUGCAUUCAACCGCGCAAAGUUGUAA